AUGAGUACAUUGGUGGUUGAUAAGCAUGCAUCUGAUCGAGAUCAUGUUCAUGUGAUAAAGUUGGAAGCGUCUGCCCAUAUGGGUCCGGAUAUGUGGGGUCAACCCACUGAACAACGUUGUAACAUAACCAUGAAUAUGGGCACAGAUUUUUCUAAAUCUUCAGAGACAGAUGAUUUGAAAUAUUCAUUGAACUACGCUGUGAUCUGUAAGGACAUGUUGAAAUACAUAGGACUUAAGAACAAUAGAUGGGGAUCCGUUGGUGCGAUGACUCGUGAUGUAGCUCAAUUUGCAAUGGAUAGUUGGCUUGGUAUCAAUAAUUUAAAUUUAGAAGUUAAUGUCCCAUCUGUCCACAUCCGUUCCAAGGAUAUUGCGUGUGAGGUUAACAGAAGUCGUGCUGCUGUUACAGAGGAUUUACAGGACUUUAUCAAAAUACAGAACCUCCGUCUAUUGACGCUAAUUGGUGUUUUUACCUUUGAAAGAAAGGAAAAACAGUUUGUGGACCUAGAUAUUAAAAUACCAUGGCCAAGAAACAGAGAACAUCAUAUUUCAAUCAAGAAAAUAGUAGAUAAGAUAGUUCAACAUGUUGAGAACUCAAAUUUUAAAACAGUAGAGGCACUAGCAGAAAAUAUAUGUGGUAUUAUUGGACAUGACUCAUAUUUUGGACACAAUUUGAAAGACCUACCAAUUUCUGUUAAGGUUAUUAAAUUAAAUGCUAUCACUGAUACUGAAGGUGUGGGUGUCAGUUGUGUGAGAAAACCAAGUGAAUUGCCUCACUAUGAUCAAAAGCCAUUUAGCAAUCGUUCUGAUCCAAAAAGUUUGGAUGAUUCGUUUAAUUUACCGGUGGGUACAAACGUUCCAUUAAUUGAAGGAGCUUGGAAUACUGCAUUCCUUGCAUUUGGGUCAAAUAUUGAACCUAGAAGGCAGCAAGUGGAAAGAGCUAUAAAUUUACUGAGAGAAAAUCCAAAUGUGAAAGUAAAGGGCUUUUCCUCAUACUUUGAGAGUGAACCGAUGUAUUUUAAAGAUCAGUCACCUUUCUUGAAUGGUUGUAUUGGUAUUGAAACAACACUUUCACCUCACGAACUACUAGAGUUGUGUAAGGACAUCGAAUACACAAAGUUAGGGAGAGUCAAAAAGUUCAAUAAUGGGCCACGAACAAUUGACCUGGAUAUUAUAUUUUAUUUAAGCGAGAGCGGUGAGCAUGUUUUGGUGAAUGAUACAGAUCUUACUGUACCUCAUCCAAGGAUGUUGGAACGGACGUUCGUUCUCGAACCACUAUGCGAAUUAUUACACCCAGAAUUUACACAUCCUGUAUCUGCAGAACCUGUUUUCAAUCAUUUGGAAAAUAUAUAUGAUAAUGAGAACCCAGAAGAUAUUUUAUGGAAGCUUAUACCACUACCGUCAAAAGAUGGAGAAAGUGAAAAAUUUCUGAAGUUCAAAAACGUUAAGGUUUAUGAUGAGAUUCUAGGUAUAAGUAGAUGGAGAACACAAUCGUCUGCUUUGGCUAUGGGAGUUGUGAACACAACACCGGAUUCCUUUUCUGAUGGUUCGGAAUCUUACUUAGACGUAAAUGAAAAGGUUGAAAAGGUUAAGAAAAUGAUAAAUGAUGGUCUAAGAUUAAGUGAGCAGUUAAUUGUGGAUAUUGGCGGGUGUUCAACAAGACCUGGCUCAACACAGGUUUCUGAAGAAGAAGAAAUUGAAAGGACUAUUCCUUUAAUAAAGGCCAUUAAAGCAUGCUCUGAUAUCCCAUUUGAUAAGGUUUUAUUGUCGAUAGAUACAUAUAGGUCAAAGGUUGCUCAGAGUGCUAUUGAAUGCGGUAUUGAUAUUGUAAAUGAUAUUUCAGCCGGGUCUUUUGAUCCGACAAUGUUUGAUGUCAUCGCCAAUAAUCCACAAAUAGCAUAUGUAUUAUCUCAUAUCAGAGGUGAUAUUGCCACGAUGUCUACUAAAACCACAUAUGGUGAACCAGAUGGAACGCAUUAUGUAAAUGGUAGAAAAAACACAUCAGAAAGCACGGUUCUUAUCAGGAAUAUCGGAAAGGAAAUGGCCGAUAGAUAUUGUUUGGCCAUGAAGAAAGGAGUUCAAAGGUCCCAAUUAAUUUUGGAUCCUGGUAUUGGAUUUGCCAAAAAUGCCAAACAGAAUUUGCAGAUAAUUAAACAAACUUCCCUUUUAAAAAAUUACAGUUAUGUACAAGACAAUCUAUCGGUUAAUUUCAGAAAUAUUCCAGUGUUAGUCGGCCCUUCCAGAAAAAAAUUCUUGGGUACUAUAACAAAAGAAGAUGAUCCAUCUAAAAGAGACUCAGCCACCAGUUCUAUAGCAGCUACAUGUGUAGGAUUUGAUGCGGAUAUUAUUAGAGUGCACAAUGUCAGAGAGUGUAUCCAAAGUAUUAAAUUGGCAAAUGAAUUGUACAGAUCUGCGACCUUAACCUAA